AUGCCGAGUGCAUACGCUCACCUUGUCUUGCUUUCAUUUGGGAAACAGGUCGACAGAGCUCACUACGCCCCCCACUCCCCCUACGAAGACUCGCCGCAGUACAUCGGCCAUGAGGCAACCAUUUCUGCACCACACAUGCAUGCCAUGGCCAUGGAGAACCUGCUCCACUACCUCACGCCCUCUGCGGCCUCCCCGGCUCCCCGAGUCCUUGACAUCGGCUCCGGAUCGGGCUACCUGACGCACCUCUUCGCCGAACUCGUUGGCGAAAGGGGUCUUGUAGUUGGGCUGGAGCACAUCCCCGCACUGCGCCAGAUUGGCGAGGAGAACAUGCGCAAGAGCACCGAGGGCAUGAAGCUGCUGGACUCUGGAAAGGUCAAGUUCAGAGUUGGCGACGGGAGAUUGGGGCUCAAGGAGCCCGCGAGACGUGGCGAGGAGGCGCACGGGACAGACUGGGACGUGAUUCAUGUCGGUGCCAGCGCAAAGGAGCUGCACCAGGCGUUGCUGGACCAGUUGAAGGCACCAGGGUGCAUGUUUAUCCCUAUUGACGACGACCCCAGUGGCGUGAUGCAAUCUGUUUGGCGCAUUUCCAAAGACAAGGAGGGCAAGGUGACCAAGAAGAAUAUCUGUGGUGUUCGCUAUGUCAAGUUGACGGAUCCCCCGACAUAA